GGCCGCGUGACGUCAUGCACACCAGCUUCCUUCCCCAAGCCUUUUCCAGCGAACCUGUGUGAAUGAAAUUGCUUGUUACCCUAGCAAUUCAACGUUGGUCCUAAGAAAGAGCAGAAUCUCGGAUAUCGUACCUUUCCAUCGGCGCAGGAAGCCUUGGACAACCGCCACAAGGCACGCCAGACCACCGUUCAAGACCUCGACCGAGACAUCUGCACGCUACUAGUCAACAUCAUAAAACGUAGCUCGCGUGGCUUCUGCAGAUUCAUUUUCCGCUGGCCUAAGCUACCCCAUAACACAGGGACAUCUCGAUAAUAGAAGACGGAAAAAAAACCACCGAGCGGACAUUGCCAUAAUGGAAACUAAAUCAGUGCCCGGAGCCGGAGAGAGCCAUAGCAAACACCAUGAGCUGGGGCACAAGCUUAAGCUCCCCUUUCGCGAGCUCAAGGACAAGCUCAGUCACAGCAAGCAUCUUCAUGACGCCAAAGUUCACCUGAUUCAGCAGAAGCACAAGAUCGGCAAGUUCGCAAAUCUGUUCAACCCCGAGCAUCGCCAUGACGAGGAGCAUGAGAAGGCCUGCGAUGAGAAACGCACCAAAAUCGGUGAAUCACACCGCUUCCAGUCGUACUUCCCCGAGCGGGACGGAAACAUGGUGAAGUGGUAUGUGGACGGCAGGGAUUACUUCUGGGCAGUAUCGGUCGCGCUGGAACAGGCAGAAGAAACCAUCUACAUCGCCGAUUGGUGGUUGUCGCCGGAGCUAUUCCUCCGCCGUCCUCCCUAUUUCAACCAGGAAUGGCGUCUUGACCAGGUACUCAAACGACGAGCCGAGGCCGGCGUCAAGAUCUACAUCAUCAUAUACCGCGAAGUCGAGGCCGCCCUCACCUGUAACUCUGAGCACACCAAGCAUGCGCUCCAGGCACUGUGCCCCGAGGGCUCGCCCGGCUUUGGCAACAUCAAGGUCAUGCGGCACCCAGACCAUAACGUCCUUGAGAACGCCGCCGACAUGACCUUUUACUGGGCUCAUCACGAAAAGUUCAUUGUCAUCGAUUACGAAAUGGCCUUCAUUGGCGGUCUGGAUCUCUGCUUCGGUCGCUGGGACAACCACCAGCAUCCGCUGUCUGAUAUGCACCCCGAGGGCGUGACCAACGAGUUAUGGCCGGGCCAGGACUUCAACAACAACCGGGUCAUGGAUUUUCAGAACGUCCAGGAGUGGAAGGAGAACCAGCUGAGCAAGGAGGAUACGGGCCGCAUGCCGUGGCAUGAUGUCGCCAUGGGCGUGAUUGGGCCGUGUGUCUAUGACAUCGCCGAGCACUUCGUGCUCCGUUGGAACCAUGUCAAGAGAGACAAAUACAAACGGAACGAACGGUUCGAGUGGCUUGAGCUGAGGGGCCGUCAGGGUGAAGACGAGGAUCUCGUCGGAGUUCAGCGGCCACGCCACCCUGUCGGCGGAUACCAGCUUCAUCCGCUGACUCCGCUGGAGACGAAACGAAUUAACUGCGGGAGCGUUCGCGCCCAGAUCGUUCGGUCCAGCGCCGACUGGUCCAGCGGCAUUCUCACCGAUCAUUCCAUCCAAAAUGCCUACAGCGAACUCAUCCGCAGCGCAGAGCACUACGUGUACAUCGAAAACCAGUUCUUCAUCACCGCGACUGGCCACCAACAAGCCCCAAUCAGGAACACGAUUGGCAGGGCCAUGGUGGAUGCGGUGCUAAGAGCUGCAAAGGAAGGCCGCAAGUUUCGCAUCAUUGUUCUUAUUCCUGCCGUGCCAGGGUUUGCCGGCGACCUGCGAGAGGACGCAGCCAUAGGCACGCGAGUCAUCAUGGACUACCAGUACAAGUCGAUAUGCAGGGGCGAGCACAGUAUUUUCGGCCAGAUCAAAAAGGAGGGCGUCGACCCAACCAAGUACAUCUUUUUCUUCAACCUUCGGAGCUACGACCGCCUCAACCGGACGUCGGCCGUCAAGAAACAAGAGGAAGCAUCAGGGGUCAAAUACCGCGACGUCCAACGUGCACAUGCAGAGGAGGUCAUGGGCGAGGGCAUUCACGGCACCAUCGACGCCGAAGGUGGCCGCGAUUCACACAUGGGCGAGAGGCGAGAGCAAGGCCCGCAACGGGGCACUGUCCACGGGGAACUGAGAGACAACCUCGAGGAGGAGCGCCGGCCGGACGAUGUCGUCCGCAAGAUGGACGCCAGGCGAAGGUUCGAAGGCGCCGCUGACGGGGAAAAGUCCAAAGUAAACCAGGUUGCCAGCGUUGCCCGCCACGCCAUGGCCGGUCAAGGACCCGUCUCCGAAGUGCCUUGGGAGGGCGAGGAGGAUGACGAGGUGAAUCACUGGAUCCAGGAGGAGCUGUACAUCCAUGCAAAGCUUCUCAUCGUUGAUGAUCGCAUCGUCGUCUGCGGGUCGAGCAACCUGAACGACCGCAGUCAGCUGGGAUACCACGACAGCGAGCUCAGCAUUGUCAUGGAGGACACCCGCCGCUUCCAGUCGACCAUGGACGGGCAGCCUUUCGAGGCUGGGUGGCAUGCGGCCACGCUGCGGCGGUAUCUUUGGCGGGAACAUCUCGGGCUGCUCCCACCGCAAGAACUUGACGCCAGCAACGACCCCAACGCCCAGCCGCCGAGUGAUGACUCGCCGAACGAUGCCUGGGACCGGGACGACUCGUGGAAGUUUGUCGAGGACCCGCUGAGUGACGAGCUCUGGGACAUGUGGACCGGGAGAGCGACGAAGAACACCGAGUUGUUCAGGCAGCUGUUUCAUGCCGACCCAGAUGACCAUGGUGAGCCCCGCUCUUCUUCUUCUUCUUCUUCUUCUUCUUCCUCCGGCACCCACGAGGCACUGACGCUAGAUAGUCAAAACUUUUGACGACUACAACGGCUUCUUGCCGCCCAAGGGCGUCAAGGCAGGCCACGUGUUUGAUCGCAUGUUUCCGGCGCACGAAGUGAGGCAGAAGCUGGAUCAAGUUAAGGGGCAUCUGGUUUGGAUGCCAUUGCAAUUUCUCAGGGACGCCGAGAUGGCGGAAAGGGGAUUUCAGGUUAACCAGUGGACUGAGAGCGUCUACACCUAAGUGACAACGAGCCAGACGUCAUGGGGAUCGGCACUCGUUGAUGAGGAGAUUGCAGUUCACUUUUGUCGAAAAGCAAAAGCGACGCCGCAAUUGCCCGCCAGCAAUUGCACCUAAGUACGGAGUACUCCGUAGGUAUUCUGACAACUUGGAUCACGCGCCGUAACCAGCGCUCUCAAAAACACAAAUAUAUUCAACGCAAGCAAGUCAAAUCAACGCAAAUCCAACGCAUAUACGACCAGCUGCUUAGUCAGAAAAACGCAAUUCGAAGACUUCGAAUUCGAGUUAUUG